CAUCAAGCUUUCAACUUUCCUCCAUUCCAUUCUUCCAAAUUCUUUCUCCUCAUUUAUUCCUAACCAAAACCUUCAUCAUCAACCCCUAUAUUGCUUCACAGUAUAAAACAUUACAACCCUUCUUCUAGAUUCUAUAGCCUCUUUUUCUCCUUCCCUUUUUGGUCGUUCAAGAAACAUCCAUGGCUGCAAAUUAUGAGGAUCAUUCAAUCACCAAUGGAACUGGAGUAGAAGGACAUGAGCCAAGCGCUCUACAGAAGCAUGUUAUGUUCUUUGAUAUCAACAAAGAUGGUGUAGUUUAUCCUUGGGAAACUUUUCAAGGUUUUCGAGCAAUUGGAUGCGGUAUUCUCUUGUCGACUUUUGCUUCCGUUUUUAUCAACGCCGGUUUAAGCAGAAAAACUAGACCUGGAAAAGGGUUUUCUCCUAAGUUCCCAAUUGAGAUAAAAAACAUCAAAAGAGCAAAGCAUGGAAGCGACAGUGGCGUCUACGACACGGAAGGAAGGUUUGUCCCAUCAAAGUUUGAGGAGCUUUUUAGAAAGCAUGCAAAAACGAAUGCAAAUGCUUUAACAUCAGAUGAACUGAAGAAUCUGCUAAAGGCAAACAGGGAACCGAAGGACUAUAAAGGAUGGAUUGCAGCUUACUCAGAAUGGAAGAUUUUGUACAUUCUUUGUAAGGAUAAGCAAGGCUUGUUGCACAAGGAUACUGUUAGGGCUGUUUAUGAUGGAACCUUAUUUGAUCGAAUGGCAAAGGAGAAGGCCGGAAAAAAAAACCAUAGAUUUUUUUUUAAAGAAAAGAUGUAAUAAAGUCUGCACUAUCAUAUGUUUAGUGUAUUUUUUUAUUUUAGCUUUUCCUGUUAUUAAUUGCGUGCAAUGGUUGUUGUGCAUCUUCAUGUACGAGAUUGUGUUAUCUCCUCAGUGCUUUUUCUACUUUUUAAGGGAAGGUUUGCGUGUAAAAAUAUUUGCAGUAAUGGUGUUGGAAAUUUAACACUUAA